AAUCAACAACUUCUUUUACAGGGAAUGCAGAGGGCAACCAAUGUUACCUACCAAGCUCAUCAUGUCAGCAGAAAUAAGAGAGGUCAAGUGGUAGGAACAAGAAGUGGUUUUCGCGGAUGCACAGUCUGGUUAACAGGUCUGUCUGGUGCUGGGAAGACUACAGUGAGCAUGGCACUGGAGGAGUAUUUAGUGUGCCAUGGCAUUCCGUGCUACACGUUGGAUGGUGACAAUAUUCGCCAAGGCCUUAAUAAGAAUCUGGGUUUCACACCAGAAGAUAGAGAAGAAAACGUCCGUCGUAUUGCUGAGGUUGCUAAACUGUUUGCAGAUGCUGGUUUGGUGUGCAUUACUAGUUUCAUCUCUCCUUAUGCUCAGGAUCGUAAUAACGCCAGACGAAUUCAUGAAGGGGCAAGUUUGCCUUUUUUUGAAGUGUUUGUGGAUGCUCCAUUGCAUGUCUGUGAGCAGAGAGAUGUUAAAGGACUCUAUAAGAAAGCCAGAGCUGGAGAAAUUAAAGGUUUUACCGGGAUUGACUCUGAGUAUGAAAAACCAGAAGCCCCAGAGCUUGUGCUGAAAACUGAUUCCUGUGAUGUGAAUGAUUGUAUACAACAAGUUGUGGAACUUCUUCAAGAGAGGGAUAUUGUACCAGUGGAUGCCUCUCAUGAGGUGAAAGAGCUUUAUGUGCCAGAAAACAAGCUACAGUUGGCCAAAACUGAUGCUGAAUCUCUGUUAACCUUGGAAAUAAAUAAGGUGGAUAUGCAAUGGGUGCAAGUACUAGCAGAAGGUUGGGCAACACCCCUGAAUGGCUUUAUGAGAGAGAGAGAAUACCUACAGUGCCUUCACUUUGACUGUCUCCUCGAUGGGGGAGUUAUUAAUCUGUCAGUGCCUAUAGUGCUAACGGCUACUCAAGAAGACAAAGAAAGACUGGAUGGAUGUACAGCGAUUGCACUGGUGUAUGAAGGUCGCCGCGUGGCCAUUCUCCGUAAUCCUGAAUUCUACGAGCACAGGAAAGAGGAACGCUGUGCCAGGCAAUGGGGAACUACAUGCAAGGAACAUCCCUAUAUCAAGAUGGUUAUGGAGAAAGGGAACUGGCUUGUAGGUGGAGAUCUGCAGGUCCUUGAUCGUAUUUAUUGGAAUGAUGGACUUGAUCAAUACCGUCUCACUCCAACUGAACUAAGGCAGAAAUUCAAGGAAAUGAAUGCCGAUGCUGUCUUUGCAUUCCAGUUACGCAACCCGGUGCACAAUGGGCAUGCUCUUUUAAUGCAAGAUACACAUAAGCAGCUUUUGGAACGUGGCUACCGGCGCCCAGUUUUACUCCUGCAUCCUCUUGGAGGCUGGACAAAAGAGGAUGAUGUUCCUCUCAUGUGGCGCAUGAAGCAACAUGCUGCAGUACUGGAGGAGGGAAUCUUGAAUCCGGAAACAACAGUGGUGGCUAUAUUCCCUUCCCCCAUGAUGUAUGCUGGGCCAACUGAGGUUCAGUGGCACUGUAGAUCACGGAUGGUUGCAGGAGCUAACUUCUACAUUGUAGGGCGAGAUCCAGCAGGGAUGCCACACCCUGACACUGGGAAAGAUCUGUACGAACCAACCCAUGGUGCCAAAGUGCUGACAAUGGCUCCAGGCCUCCGAGCACUGGAAAUUGUACCCUUCAGAGUUGCAGCUUAUAACAAGAAAAAGAAGUGCAUGGAUUAUUAUGACUCUAAUCACCACCACAAUUUCUAAUUUGUUUCUGGGACGUCUUAG